GUAGCCUGGCACAUGCGCAUAGUGCUCCCAGAAUUGAAUGUAUCAAAAUGCUUGCACAUCUGGUCGCAGUGGUGUGACGUAGACCAGCGCAUGCGCAUAGUGCCGAAGUUGAAUGUAUCAAAACGCCCGCGCUUUUCGUUGGAGCAGACGCUUUUCCUCAGAGCUCGCGUUUCUCUGGAAAGCAAGCGUUUUUGCCUUUGAGCGUUUCUUUCUCCAGAGCCUUCUGGUCAGCUGCCUGCUACCCAGCACCACUACAGAGGUCUCAGCUAUGGCAUCAAAAGAAACUGAUAUGACCACAGAAAAUCUGGAGCUUGACACAGAGCUUGCUGAGCUGCAGCCAAUCAACUUAGAGGCUGUUUCUUUGGAGACUUUGGCGAUGCAAACCGCGGAGGCGGAGGCAUUCACAUACGAAGGUAACUGUGUUGAUUGGAUGGACGGUGACAUUUACCAAUCACCUCUCAUAGCACUACAGCCUGUUGGCAACGACAUCCUGAACCACGGAGGCGAAGACCAAGAUCAGGAAAUGAGCGUAGUGCAGACUCGAGAGGAGGAGGAGGAGAGCUACCCAGACUCAGAGCUUCUGCUGGCCUGCAGUGAGUAUGAGCGCAUGCUUAUCAGCUCAGCCUUCAAUCCAGAUGAGUACCUCCAGCCGACCAUGGCCUCUUUGUCAGCCUCUACAUCGUUACUGGCGCAUGAUCCUGGCCAGGGAAGCCCCUAUGAUGGAGAUCUCUGCGUCUUGAAUGACAUCCUUGAGGCCAGCGCAGAAGGUGGAGGGAUCACUGACCUGAGCCUGGGUGAUAAGAAGUGGGAUCAGAAGGAAGAACAGAUCCACACUGAGGAGGGAGAGCCAUCGUUCACCAUGUGCGCCCCUAACAGUGAAAAACAGGAGGAAACAGUGGCUGAGGAACAUGCUCAAGACUUACCUCUUGAUUAUUCCGAAUACAUGACGGGGAAGAAAUUUCCUCCUGAAGGAAUACCUGGAUUUGACCUGUCUGACCCCAAACAGCUGGCAGAAUUUCUUAAUGCGAAGCCUAAACCCAAAGGAGAUUUUCCAAGACCAAUUCCUUGCUCUCAUAAAGGCUGCGAAAAGAUGUUCAAGGACAAUGCUGCUUUGCGAAAACAUCUGCACACCCAUGGUCCACGAGCCUUCAUCUGUGAAGAAUGUGGCAAAGCAUUUCUGGAGAGUUCCAAGCUAAAACGUCAUAACCUCGUUCAUACUGGAGAGAAGCCCUUCCAGUGUACCUUUGAAGGCUGUGGGAAACGCUUUUCCCUGGAUUUCAACUUACGCACACAUGUGAGAAUCCAUACUGGAGACAAGCCCUUCGUGUGCCCUUUUGAUGCCUGCAGCAGGAAGUUUGCUCAGUCGACCAACCUGAAAUCGCAUCUCUUAACACAUAUUAAGAGCAAGAAUGACCAGUGAAAAGAAGAAUCUUCUGGAAACUGGGAAGUAUAAUAGUGUUGCUGGUGAUAAGUAAGCCUUUUGUUUGUAUAUUGUUUCUAGCAAAGUUAUUUUAAGUGAAUUCUACUAAGGUUCAUGUUUUGAUAAAGUAGUAAAAGUUAAAGGAAGCCUUUAUAUAGGAUAAUGUUA